AACGCACCGGCUGCAAGCGCAACUGUACGCACCGACAGGAAGACAAACAGAAGAGAAGGAGAGACUGAGCUUUAUAAGAGGAGCUUGUAGUUUCUUGAGACCCACUCACUCACAGCUUUAACAGAAUGAUGCUGCAGCACUCAGGUCCCUCGUUGGCUGACAUCAGCUGCUCCGCCCUGGUGCCCUGCCUCUCCCCGCCGGGCACACUCACCCUGGACGACUUCACUGAUUUCACACCCAUCGUGAAAGAGGAGCUGCGGCUGGCCAUCCAGUCCAAGCGCCUGUCCAACGGGCUCAGCGUCGACAUGAGCUCCGACGGGGCCAGCUCCAGCUCGGACCGAGCCUCGGAGCACCUCGCCUGUGGAUCCGGAGUCAAGAGAGAGGCGACACCUCAGGAGCACGAGAGGAGGAAAAGGAGGAGGGAGAGGAACAAAAUUGCUGCUGCCAAGUGCCGCAACAAGAAGAAGGAGAAGACAGAGUGUCUGCAAAAGGAGUCAGAGAAACUGGAGACUGUCAAUGCUGACCUGAAGGCUCAGAUUGAGGAGCUGAAGCAGCAGAAGCAGCAGCUGGUCUACAUGCUCAACCUACACCGGCCCACCUGCAUCGUCCGAGCCCAAAAUGGCCAAACGCCCGAGGACGAGAGAAACCUCUUCAUCCAGCACAUCAAGGAGAGCACCUUACAACUCCACAACAUCACCUCCUCCACUGCCACCACCACCUCCUCCUCCUUGUCCACAUCCAUCUCCACAAUAGCACCUCUAGACGGAGGAUUUCUGUCCCUCGAUCACAUUCAGUGUCCCAGUCACCUAUGAGCAAUCAGGUGUUUUACCACUUUUCUAAGACUUGCAAUGCUUCCACCUGCUGCCAUUAAUGUAGCACAUCAAGUGUUUGAGAGGCAGGUGGAGCUGCUACAGACUUAUGACCUGAGAAUGAUGUGACGUACAAUAAACGCCACCUUUGGAUGACUCCUCGGUCCCGUUCGCCGUCCACAAAGCUGCUAGAGAGAGUGUCGCAUAAAAUGACCUCAACGCCUCCCGCUCCCUGAUACCUUUGCUGCUGAUUGGGCAGGAAGUGACAUACCAUGGACAUCACCUUGACAUGCAUUGUGUAUUUUUUUUUCAAAGCAUUACAGACAGUCAGGGCCAAGGACAGAUGCUAAAGCACUUAAAGACAAAACAAAACAUCAUUUUUUAUUUACUGGUAUUUUGAAUAGAUGAGAGUCUGAUUUAGUGUCUGAUUUUUGUACCAAAGCGGGAUUUUAAGGUGAUAAAGGCACAUAAUUCAACAGUUCACCCACAAAGAAAGUAGACACAGAUUGACCGUGUGAGUGUGUUUGAGCUGCAAGUCACUGACUUAAAAAAAGACAUUGUUGUUUGUGCUUAGUGUAUGAGAAAUAGUAUAUUUAUUAAGUAACUACUGUAUGACGUGUCAAUGCCGUAUCAACCCUGUUUGCUUGUCCUUAAUCCAAUAUGAACUACUAAAUUUGCUGCUACUACUAACCACUCAGGACCUAACUGUAGAAGUUGAUUUUUUUUAUUGCCCCAUUUAAGAGCUAACCUCUCAAAAAGUGUGAAUACAAGUGUGAGGUUGUUUGCUAUCAGUCAGGGUAGGAGUAGCAGCCAUAAAAGGGAAAUGUACUUUGCAGGCAGGGUUUAUAAUUCUGCACUUAAUGAGAAAAGCAUAGUAAAAAUUACACUAUAAUCGUGUAUGCAGAUAAUACCUUACUUUUCUUAAUAAUUUGAAAUUCACUGGCAAGCAAAGUUGUCCCAAAAAAUUGAAUACUGUACAUAAUGUCACAAGUACACUUUAUUUAUCACUGCGUUCCCUCUUAAGUUAAACAGAACUAGUGUUGCUUUUUACAUCUUCUGUGACGAUGAAGCUUCACGAGUACAAGUGUUAUUUUUCAGACAUGUUGUUUUCUACCUAAAAUCUUAUAUAUUGUAUUGACUGCGCAUUUACUCUGUACUGUGCUACUGUAUGUAAACACCGGAUGCCUCCUUUGGUCUUGACAGAACAAAACAAAAAAGAUUAUUUUUUAAAAUGUAUUUUAUUAAUAACAUUUGGUUUGGUAGUUGUGUUCACGAGAUAUCAUUAGCUAGGUAUCGGAAGUGUUGCAUCAGCUUUUUGCUGGUCCUUUACCACGCUUGACUCUGAAGUAAUGCAGGAGGAUGUGAUAUUAUACUGUAUGUUAUGAGCUUUAUCACUUAAACUCACUGCCAAAUAUGUUUCCCUCCUUUUACUCCCGUUUCCUCUCUCGCCCGUUUGCUUUAGAGUGAAAUGUGGUUUAUUGCGCAAACAGAAACGGAGGGAGGAACCAGAAUUGGGAGGCUUUUUUCUUGUCAAAUACAAACCAUAGAAUCAAUCAAGUAGCCAUGCACUGCAAGGAAGACACUGAAACCCUCAAUAAUUGCAAUUCACUCUACAGCUAACACAUCAAAAGGGAAACUCUGGUUAUCAGUAUUUGAAUAAUUUUCAGUAAGUGGCAACCCUUCACCAAGCUGACGUCUUUGCAUAAAUAUUUUCAAACAGUUCAUAACAGAAGUAAUAAUUUAUGGACAAACAGCACAUUACUGUAUAUCCAUUCACGGUGAGGACUGAAGUUUUAUAUUUUAUGUUUGCAAGAAGGUUUAUAGUGUUUAUCAUCUGUAAGGAAAAAAAAACUUGUGAGAGUCACACGGUUAAAGGGACGCAGGCGUCUGCGUGUGUUCAUAGCGUGUGUGUUGUUUUUGUGGUUGAAGUUGUUCAUUGUCCCGUCAUGGCUAGAUAGCUAAUAGGCACUGAGCUCGAUGCGUAUAUGUAUUCUAUGUAUUCUAUUGUGCCUACUUCUACUGGAGGCUGUUUUUUGGCUGUUUUUUUCCCCUGUUGCUGCUCAACUGUUGGAGCAUCAUAGCCUAACUGAAUAAACUGUAGGCUGUCAGGUACAACUGCACUGCUACUACCAAUGUGUACUUCCAUCUCUGUGAUCUGUCAACUUUUGUUUUUGAUACUUUGUUAAUUAAAAAUGUGUAUUGCAAAUGA